AUGGACGCAAUGAAAGACAAUGAAUAUAUUUUCAAUUUGAAACUAUCAAAACUAAUAGGUUUAUAUCAAAUCUUGGAUCCCAAUACUAUUCAGAUUUUCGGUUAUAAUGUGUAUCACAUUGGUAUCGUGUUCGUGAGCUUGUACAUGAUGGCCAUAUCAUUGUUAAGUCUUAUACGUUUUUAUUACUUAAUAAAUAAUAUAAAUGAAUAUACUUUCUACUUGGGAUGUGUGCUAAAUUACAUGUUCUCCUGUUAUAAAAUCAUACAAAUUGUAUACUGUUCAAAUGAUAUAUGGAAAUGCACCGACAUAACGAGCAUCAGAUUUUUGUCGUAUCAAUAUUACGACAAAAGUAUAUUUAAAAAUUGGCAGGUACGGUCUAUACGACUUACAAAAAUAUACGUGUCACUAUCAUUCAUAGUUACACUUUUUUGGCUAAUAAUUUCAAAAUCGCUCAGUAAAAAUAUAUUCACAAGUAAAAACCUUGAUGGUUCACUCAGUAAAUACCGGAUGAACAUUUUCAAUUUGUACUUAAUAGCAUCCGACGAAACGUACAACAGAUAUUUUAACCUGUUCUACCUCAUCGAAUUGAUCGUCGGAGUAGCGUUUAUGUACUUCUCAACACUUUUCGAUGUCCUAAUGGUUAUGAUGUGUUUCUCAUUUUUGUGUCAACUGGAAACAAUCUGUGACGCUAUGAAAUCAUUGGGACACCAAUGUUCAAAAAACGUGUUGAAUAUCUGCAAGGAAAUAAAAUCAGAAAUAAGACAUGCCGAUUUCGAUGAUUUAAAAGCAAUAAUUAAUGAUCAUCAAAAUGUAAUGAAAAAAAUGAAUGAUUAUUAUAUUAUUUUCCAAUCAGUUAUGUUGACUCAGAUCUUUGUAGCAUCAAUUACACAUAUAUGUAUUUGGUUUAAUAUUACAACGGGCUUUUUUGGGGACAAAAUUGGAGAGUCUGUGCUGUCAAUAAAAUUGUUUAUUAUACUUCCAUUAUUUACUUUCCAACUAUUAAUGACAUGCCGUUUAUUCGGGACAAUAAACGAAAAAAAAGAUUCAAUUAUUUACAUGUUAUACUGCAGUGAUUGGACUGGUAAGGACAUUAAGAUUAAAAAGUUGAUUCUGUAUACCAUGUGUAUGAAUAAUGGCAAUCAGAUGAAAUUAAAAUUUACGGUCACCAAAGUUUUAAAUUUGGAAAUGUUUACUCGUACGAUACGGCUGUGUUAUUCAAUAUUUUCGAUGCUUACAAAUUACAAAAGAAAUAUUAAUCAAUUGGAUGAAAUAAAUGACUAAUGAAUACUCUCACAAUCAAUAACGUACCCACUCGUAAUUUCGUUUUUCCUUUUUUAAGUUUUGCUGUAACUUUUACUUCAAGAUGAUUAGUAUAUUUAUACACGAAGCAACAUAAAAAAUAGACGAUGGUCAUUAAAAAUCGAACAAGAAAUUGAUAAAAUAUCAAGCAUUAAUAAUCAUUGCACAAACACUAUAAUGUAUGUGUGAUAUUUAUUAUAUUAUUAUUAUGUUCUUUAUCGCAUUAGGCUCCCACCGCGGCUGACACGAGCAAUUUGAAAUAUUGUAUCGUACUAUACCUUUCUAUAUGGUAUCAUACUCGGUACGUUAUUUUCCGUGUUCGGGCAAUGUGGC